CACAACGCUCCUGCCGCUGGCUUUUCCACUUCCAUCGCGCAGUCUCCUCGCCGGACCGGACGCCGCGGUCUUGCCCUGAACCUCCGAACGCGCCGAUUAAACCGGUGAUACCUCUCGAAAAUUCCACGAUCGAUCCACCCCCGUCCACGUUUACCUGUACUUCCAUUCGUGUCUUUAAACGCGAUCGUACCACUGGCAAACGCGGCUACUCGAGGUGUACAGGUGCGAGAUAUAUACAUUAUACUUCGAGUGCGUCUCGAUGUGAGGACCGUGCUUUCAUGAGGAAUUAACGAAGAAUCAGCGGAGCCGAGAGACAGUAGCACCCAAUAUGCGGGAGAAAAGGUGGCUUCUGCUCGCUCUGUGUGGAAUCCUUUUGGCUGAUGCAGUUUCGGCCGCGCUCAAGGCUACGCGACCGAAAUUCAAAAUCGCCACCACUUCGACCACGACGACAACGAGCACCACCGAGGAGAGUCACGUACGCGAAAACGAGAACGAGGAUGCAGAGGUGACUACCACGGCGGCCAGCGAAACGAACGGGACAACGGGUCACGUUCUCACUGGGAUUCCGCAGAUCGAUUAUAUCUGGGAUCCAAAUUUACCGCGCGAACUGAACGGUUACAACCUGAGCGACUACCCGUUUUAUAACAGUAUACCGGAGGACAUCGACUUCAAAUGCGACGGCUUGCACGACGGCUUCUACGCGAGCGUGCCUCACAAAUGUCAGGUGUACCACCAUUGCCUGUUCGGUACCCGAUACGACUUCCUCUGCGCGAAUUUCACGGCGUUCGAUCAGAAGACCUUCAUCUGCCACUUCGUCUCCGAAGUGGACUGUGCCAACUCGAAGAAGUACUGGCACAGGAACGAUGCCCUUUACAAGGCGGCCACGACAACCACCACGUCUACCUCGACGACGACGACGACACCGGCGCCGGUGACAAUCGCUACUGGACGACAAUCGUCGAGAGACAGAGACCCACCGAGACGAAGAAGACCGUUCAGACGACGCCCAGCGUACGAUUACUACGACGAAGAGUACUACGACGAGGACUACAGUCGUCCGCGUGGCUACAGCAGGGACGAUUACGAUUACGACGAUAGAAAGUACAGAAGGGACCGGGAUCGUGAAUUCAGAGAUCGCGAUCGUGACUUUCGGGACAGGGAUACCCCGAGGACUCGCGAAGGAGCGGCCAGGGAGGACAGGGAUAGAUACGCGGGUAGAAACAAUAGGAGAGAUUCUACCAGACUGAGGGACCCUCUGGAAGAAGACGCCAGGGUUAGAUCGAGGGAUCCUGAUCAAGAGGCAAGAUCCGCUUCCAGAGAAGUCGACGACGCCGAGUUGGAUGAUCGAAGAACUGAAUCUAGGGUCAGAGACACCGACGAUCGUCGAUACUCGGACAAAAGGUACAGAGACGAAUACGACGAUAAAGAUCUCAGUUUUGCGUCUGCCGUAACUCCCGGGAAUGCAGAUAGUUUAGUGAAACCAGCAGCACCCAUCGCGUCAGUUUAUUCAAGACCGAGGGCUCCUCCGAAAAUUCGAAGACCGGUGCCACUUUCUGAACAGGACAAAUACGCUUACAAAGCGACUGCUGUUCAACCAACAGAAGAACCUCGAAGAAGACCGGCAGACGUCGCGGAGGACGAUUACUACGACGACGAACUGGAGGAAGUUCGACCGAUUCGAAGACCGCUGAGAAGAAGACCGUCUUACAGAGACAGGGACAGGGACUUUUACGACGUCAGAGACCGGGAAAGGGACCGACCCUUCAGACCUCGAUAUCGGGACGACGAGGAGGAUUUGCGACCCAGAAAACACCCGGAUCGUUCUAGAGAUCGCUACUACGAUCGAGAGAGGGAACGAGGCGCGGAUCGCGGAAGAGAUCGAUCCCUCGAUCGUGGAAAGGAUCGCACCGUGGACAGAUCGCUGGAUCGUGAUCGAGGAAGAACGCAAGACACUGAGAAGCAAGAAAGACCGUACUCGACCCGACCAGUGGACAGGGAGAGGGAAACCGAUAGACCUAGAACAGGAUCAAGAUCGAAGGAUCUGCAAGAUACGACGGAUGCAUCGGUUAGAAGAGCCAGUGGUUACGAUCGUACGGAAAGAACAACUACCCCGGCAACGGCGACCACCUGUCUGCCCGAGCAGCUGAUUCACAAAAUGGAAACAACCUCGAAGGAACCCGCGAACGAUCGCUCGGAGAAAUUAACUUACACCGAGAGACCGGCAUCGAAACCGGCGCAAGACGAAGAGCCUCGUAGAACGAACCAGCAGCAACAGGCGGAUUAUCAGGAUAAGGAUCAAGAGGAAAGACGGGAAGACGGUCACUAUCAAACCGCGUCGAUGGAAGAAUACUCGCAGGAAUAUUACGACGAGCCGGAGGACACUCCGGCUCCACCCCCGCGAACGGCUGUUCGCAUCGUGAAACGACCGUUCUUGCCGUCCAGAGGCGGCAAUCCGAAUCCUCGAGGUUUAUCGCCGGUCGGCGCGAAAGCAACCACGCCAAAACGCGACGAGGACAAGCCAACCGAACGAACUCCCGUUCAAGAUCGAGGGAAAAACUACUUCGCGCACCAGCAGUCGGCUGCGCAAGAGAAUCUCCGCGAAUCGAGCCGAGAAACUAAAGCGGAACAACGCGAGAAAGAACCUUACGAUCCGUAUAAAAGCAUUCAAAUCGAGAACCAACACGAACGCAGUGAAUAUGAUACGUCUUUAGGCAGACCUGCGACUCGCAAACCCGGUGAUAGACAACGGGAGGAAGAAACGCAGAAAUCUCAGCUGGAACACGAAUUUGUCACAGAAGCUAAACAGGAACAGCCAGAGGAUUCUCCGAAUUUCGAGGAGGGAUUAGGUAAAUGGCACGAUGAACAGUUUUCAAACCCUUCGCGGGAUAACGAAGGAAGCUCGCAAAGUUCUCCGGCUCGUAACAAAGGAAGAAUAACUACAAACGAGAAUUCGAAUGUCUACGAAGUUCAGGAACACCCGACGGGUCCUCAGAACUUCCGCGUGAAACAAAGGAUCAACGAAGUGACGCAUCCAUUGCAAGAUAUUCCAGAGAGCGAGUACGAUGUCACGUUGAACGAUGCUUUAACACCCACUCUGAAUCAGGAAGCUAACUUACCCAGCGGAUUCGUUCUGCCUCUCCACAGACAAAUCGGAAGGGACACGGUUCUCCAAUCGUCUGAAAAUAAUUACAAGGUUUCCAGACCCGUCAGCCAGCAACAGAAACCAUUCGUGCCUAGUCCUCAAUUUCUGCCAGCAGUCAAUAACAAUAAUAACGACAGACUAAGGACGGUUUAUUACAGAACACCCGAGACGGUUCAAAUUAGCGGAGCACAAUACAGAGCUCAAAGAGGACCGUGGCACGAUUACACUGGUUAUUGAAUUAUUCAAUUCGAGACUCGAUAACAAACAAGCUUCGGGAACAUCCAAGGAAUCAGCCUGGAGAGUAACCAGCCUGGUUUCGUUAAGCUUUGAAAAACCGCGAAUUUCAUCGUAAACUAAAUGAAAUUCGAUUCCAUUAAGAGCUAUCGAUUACUUGGAGGAUCUCCUCUACGAAUUCGAACCACCACGGUCGCGUGGUCGACACUAUUCGAUGUCUUUCAUAUCCUACGAGGAGACACGAGCACGCGUUUCGUCUCCUAAAACAAUCAAACGAUUAACCACGAUACAAACGAACGUCGACACGUAGUACGAAACAAGAUCCGAGUAAAUAGGAAAUUGAAAUGGAAAUCUUUGGAAUCGAGGUUACUUAAAUGAAGAAAUUCAACCGUUCAAUCUUUAAUACUUGAAACUUGACAUCUCUAAAGGCAACGAUCGAAAGAUACGGAUAUCUGAAACAAUACUCUAGUAAUAAUAUAAUAAUUAUUAUCGAUGAUAAGCUGAUUCUUUCCUAUUUUACUUCUUCUCUAAGGCUACGUUGUUAUCCUAUCAUGCAUCUUCAAUAUUAUCACAGUGGUACGUUUAUAGAACGAAUAAAAAAUUGGGUCGAAGGUAUAAAUCAUCCUGCAAUUGUUUCUAUUUUCGGUAAAACUUGUAAAUACGCGCACGAUUAUACCAUUCUUGCGAAUUAAAUUAUUAUUCUAUCGCGUGAUACACGCACGUGCAAACGAUUGUUCACGAAAGCACAAUUUCGUCGUCUCGAUUAUUAUUACCUUAUUUUUUCUUCUUCGAUAUUAAUAGCUAAUAAG